AUGGAAGUCAAUACAACAGCUGCGAGUUACUUUAAUAUCUUCAUAACAGGCCAUAUGGAAUCGGCAAUUUUCCCAUUAGGCCCCGACGCCUCAGACAUACUCUGCCGGUACGAAUGUAUAACGGGUCCCGAUUGGGAGCAUGUCAGUGGAUCUAAAGAAGGCAUCACACAAUAUGCUUCAAAUCGAAAUGGGAAUUUCAACGACCCCAUUGUAUUUAAUAUGCCCAUUGAAUUGACAUAUCGCAGCACAAAUGUAUUCGGUUGGCCACAAAUAAUUGUUUGCCUUUAUGGCAAAACACGUUGGGGAAUUGAAACAUCGUUGGGCUAUAGUCGUCUCCAUGUUCCCAUAUUUGGAAGUGAAUGUAAUCAGCGCAUAAAAUCUCCAAUAUUAAGACCACUAUGCAGUAAUACAUUGGCAGAUAUAACCAGUUGGAUUACGGGCCGUAAUCCAGAAUUAAAAGAUCCGAAAAUAUUGCUCGAUAAUACAAAAAACAAGGGUUUAUCAAUGGAGUCAUAUGGUGAGAUUGAAUUUGUGUUAAGCGUAAUAACUAGAGGUUCUGCACGCUUAGGAUUAGAAUACUAA